UUAACGACACCUGAUUAGCAGCUCCAGUACACUAAUUAACCCAAACUCCCUCCACACACAUUAACCACUGCACAAACGCAGCCAGCGACAGCGAGGAUGGCCGGCCGAGCCAGCUGCGUACUCAUCCUCCUCCUCGCCAUUGCCGGCUUCGCCGACGUCCUCGCCGCCGGCGGCGCGACGCCAUCGUCGUCGUCGUCGCAGGUGAGCACGACGACGGCAGCGGAGUUGAAGGAGGUGAACGGGAUGCUUGCGUGCAUGAUCGGGUGCUUCACGCAGAUGUUCGGGUGCGCCUUCGGGUGCAUGGCGAAGGGCCCCGACACGACGCUCUGCGUCGUCAGCUGCAACCAGAACAGCAUCGUCUGCAUGGUGCGUUGCGCCCUCACGCCGCCGCCGCCCAAGCCCAAGCCCACGCCGCCGCCGCCCGCGCCCACGCCCAAGCCUCCCGCGCCCUCGCCGUCGCCGCCGCCGCCCAAAGCCGCCGGCCACGGCGUCGCUGGCGACCCCUUGGCCUAGACAUGUACAGCUCAGCUCACUCUACUAUACCCCUACAAGUGCUAGCUCCUGAUACGACAUUAUAAAUGUGCCUAGCUACGUGAUAUAUAAUCAAGAAUCAAGAAAAUACAAACUGAUAAAAGAAAAAAAAAUCAAGAAAUACGUAUCUAUGUAGAUCUCAUAGUUUUCAUAUAUGCAUUUAUGUGGCUGAACAUGUGUUUGUGCCAGCCAUAUGUAACAAAUGAAAAUGGGUCGUCAGUCAUACUGAGUGUAUGUAUUUAGUAUGACCUGAGAAAUGUACUCAAUUGUGUAAUGUUCCAUAAUUAUGUUCUGGAAAUGAAAAUUUUAGAUUAUAUUUUUGUC